UGCAGUAGUUGAGGCGCCACGUCCGCAGAACCAACAAGAUAAACCGUAUACUUUUUAUGGGGAAAAGUUUGAAGCCUCGCAAGUACGAUUAUACUUGUGUUGAAAUACAGGGCAAUACGUUAUUAGUGAAGUAUAGCUUUGAAUAGAUCUGUUUGAACAAAAGUAAGAACUCGGAGGCGGAACAUUGCGAUAGUAUUUUCAGGGAGACAAACGAGCGCACCAGUUAUUCUUUGUCCCAGGUGCGUUUUUUUGAAGACGUAGCAUUCCCUUCUGCAAGCGGCCAUCGGAAAGUACUGGAAACAUGGUGAAGAACGUGAACGUCACCCCAGAGCCUCAGCCUGAAGGUUGUCUCAUGGGAGAAGAACCUGAGCCCACUGAAAACGACCCCACAGCAGAUGAGGCGAAGGAUGAAGGGAAGGAGCACCCCGUGGCCCAGCCAGGCAUGAUCUGGCGGGUCGGGGGUGGCCUGUUCAGCGCCAGUAAAACGAUGGUGGGCGCCACAGUAGGAGGAGUCGCCUGGCUGGGUGGGAAGAGUCUGGAGUACACCAAAUCAGCGGUCACCUCUGUCCCCUCGAUGGGCGUCGGCCUGGUGAAAGGGGUUGCCGGGGGCGUGUCAUCAGUUGCCGGGGGCGUGUCAUCGGUGGGUUCCACUGUAGCCAGCAAAGUUCCGUUCAGAUCCAAGACUAAGGACAAGGCAGAGUGAGGAAGAGGAGAAGAUGAUGAUGAUGAUGGACACAA